AUGCAAAUUUCUUCAAAAGAACACGCUGUGCAGCCAUUUCUUUCUUUCUCUCUUUCUUACUCUCUUUCUGUCUCUCUUUCUUUCUUUCUUUCUCUCUUUCUUUCUCUCUUUCUUUCUCACUUUCUGUCUCUCUUUCUCUUUACAUUGUUUUCUUUCCUGUUUUUUUCAGCAACUUUUCAACUUAUUUUUAUUCAAUCUAGAAAUACAGUAUUCUCUACUUACAUUAAACAUUUUCCUCCCUAUUUUGUUUUUGCUUUUUCUUCUUUGUUUCUUCUGAUAAUUUCUUUCUUUCUUUCUUUCUUUCUUUCUUUCUUUCUUUCUUAUUUUCUUUCUUUCUUUCUUUCUUUCUUUCUCAUGAUAUCCUUGUUUUUACUCAUUUCUUUCUAUUCUUUUUCUUUUGUUUUUAUUCUCAUUGGUUCACUUCUUUUCUCCCCUUUGUCUCCUUUUUCUAUUGCAACCUACUUUUCUUUUAUUUGUUUUUAUUUCUCUUUUUAUUUAUCCAAUUUCUCUAAUUCUUUCUCUUUUACUCUUACUUUUCUCUCCCUUUACACUAAGUUGACUUCUUUUUUCCUUUUUAAUCUCUCUCUCUCACACACUCUAUUCUCUAUUAUCUUUCUACUUUUCUAUCUUACUCUUUCCUCUUUUUUUUCUCAAUACUCUCAUUUACUUCUCUCCUGUAAGCUUUUUCUUAUUAUCUCUUUUUCUUUGAUCAUCCUUUUCUCUCUCUCUCCCUUUGUAUGUCUUAUUUCUCUCUCUGAUUGCCUCUCAUUUUUUUCUCUUUUUAUUUCUGUUUAUUUCUAUUUCUCAUUCUGUGAUUCUGUCCAUUUCUUUUAA